UCGGUGACAUUUAAGCCUGGUCUGCCGCGUUGUGACGUGUAGAGCCCGCGGCGCCACCCACCCGUUUUCUCUGGCGGCACCUCCCUCCGCUCUCCCCAUGGGGCGGGGCGUUGCGAUGAUGCGGGGGCAAGAGAUUAAGCCGGCCCCCAGUGGAACAGGUGAGGAGGGACCAGGUGGGAUGGCAGAAUGCCCCCUGGUUCCGGGCUAUCCUACAGGCCGGCCCGGACGGCUCCAACGCCACCUCCUGAGCGGCGAGUUCGACCAGCUGCGAGACUUCCCCAUCUUUGAGAGCAACUUUGUGCAGGUGACCCGGUUAGGAGAAGUCGCCAACAAGGUCACCAUGGGGGUGGCAGCCUCCAGUCCAGCCCUGGAACUCCCAGACCUGUUGCUGCUGGCCGGCCCUGCCAAGGAUAACGGACGCUUGCAGCUCUUUGGGUUGUUCCCCUUGCAGUUCGUCCAGCUCUUCGUCCACGACGAAAGCCGCUGGCAACUCAAGGUCAAGUUCCGCACCGGCCGCGCCUUCUACCUGCAGCUGCGGGCCCCGGCCGAGAGCCGAGACCGGGAGUUCGGCCAGUGGGUGCGGCUGCUCUACCGACUGCGUUUCCAUUCGGCCGAGGGAGCCGUGCCUUUCACGCAGGAGUACUCGCCGGUGGAGGAUGGAGACGACGAGGACGAUGAGGACGACGACCUGAUAGAGCGGGAGGAGCUUCAAGCCAUGGAAGCCAGACUUGACCCACAGACCUCUGAACUCUGGGGACUCUGAUUCCUCCCAAUACCCCUGAGGUCACCAAAGGACCAGAGAUCAAAGUACCCUAUCUCAGGGCCAGAAAGAUGAAUUAUUAAAGUUAAUAAAGAUCGGCCACUUAAGAACCAACAAGCAGGUCAUGAGCACUUUUGUCAACAUCACCAGUUCAACAUGGCUGCCUCAACAUGGUGUUCGGUUCAUCGUGUGUGGCUCCCUGGGCCACCAUGAGACCUAGUGCCCACCAUUCCAUCAUGGCUACCUCACUAGAAUGGUCUUCCCCAUCUGGGCUUUGUUUCUUCUUUAACUCAUUG